CGCUAGGCUUGUGCCCCCAGCACCUCGCCCGGGCAUGUGCGGUGGCCAGCGGGAAGUGGCCUGUCCAGCGCCAUCCGAAAGAGCUCAGUGUAAUGUUCAAGCACAGAGAUGCCUUAUGUGGAUCGUCAGAAUCGCAUUUGUGGUUUUCUGGACAUUGAAGAACAUGAGAACAGUGGGAAAUUCCUCCGGAGGUACUUCAUCCUGGACACCAGGGAAGACAGUUUUGUAUGGUACAUGGAUAACCCACAGAACCUACCUUCCGGAUCAUCCCGUGUGGGAGCCAUUAAACUGACCUACAUUUCAAAGGUGAGCGAUGCCACCAAGCUCAGGCCAAAGGCAGAGUUCUGUUUUGUUAUGAAUGCAGGGAUGAGAAAAUACUUCCUUCAAGCCAAUGAUCAGCAGGACCUAGUUGAAUGGGUAAAUGUGUUGAACAAAGCUAUCAAAAUCACAGUACCAAAGCAGGCCGACGCACAGCCUCCUUCUGAUAUUCUGAGUCGCCAGGGUGACUUCUCGUGUGCAAAGCAGCAAGUGUCUUACAGAACGGACAUCGUGGGCGGGGUCCCCAUCAUUACGCCGACUCAGAAAGAAGAAGUCGGUGACUGCAGUGACAGCGUUGAGAGGAACCAUUUGAAGCGGUCACAAAGCCAUCUUCCUUACUCCACCCCCAAGCCCCCUCCAGACAGUGCCAUUAUCAAAGCUGGGUAUUGUGUGAAGCAAGGGGCAGUGAUGAAAAACUGGAAGAGAAGAUACUUCCAAUUGGACGAAAACACAAUAGGCUACUUCAAAUCCGAGCUGGAAAAGGAACCUCUCCGCGUCAUACCUCUGAAAGAGGUCCACAAGGUCCAGGAGUGUAAGCACAGUGACAUAAUGAUGCGGGACAACCUCUUUGAAGUGGUGACGACGUCCCGGACUUUCUAUGUGCAGGCCGAUAGCCCCGAGGAGAUGCACAGCUGGAUCAAAGCCGUCUCCGGCGCCAUCGUCGCACAGAGGGGACCCGGCCGGUCAGCGUCUUCUUCCAGGCGAACUCUAAUCUUAGCUUUGCCCUGUGUUCCAGAUGCGGCAGGCCAGGCGGCUGUCGAACCCUUGUAUACAGAGGAGCAUUCCACCUGCCCCACAGACCCCAGACCUGGCCCCCGGCCCGCCGCAGCCCCCUCACAUUCCGCGGCCACUCGCAGCAGCUCUCUGGUCUCAAGCUUUGCCCUGGAGAAGCGAGGAUUUUACGACUCUCUUGCCAAGGUCAAGCCAGGGAACUUCAAGAUCCAGACUCUCUCUCCAAGAGAACCAGCUUCCAAAGUGACCGAGCCAGCCCUGCCGGGCGGCCCUCAGGAAAAGAACGGCAGCCCGGUGGACUUGGAUGACGCCAGCCUUCCUGUCAGCGAUGUGUGACGCCGGGACCGCAUGCCUCCCCUCUGUCCCCUCGUUCCCGUCGUGGGGCUGCUCGCCAAAGAGGACGCGGCUGGAGUGGCUUUGACCGCCGGCCUCUCACCGCCUCUUCGACGCACUCUGCAGAAGCUGGUGCAGGAAGGCCCUGCGGGGCAGCCAGCCGGCUGUCCGAACCUCUGUGUGAACUCAUUCGGUGACAAACGUGUGUGUGAGAGAGAGAGAGAGCGAGAGCGCUAGGUGUUGUGUUUGUUUUGUUUUUCCCUGCCAAAUUUGACAGUUUAAAUGGUUUAACAACUCCAAACAUUAAAACUGCUUAUUAAUU